AUGGCGUGGAGCGCCGCCGCCGCCGUCUCCAGAUUCGCCGCCUCCCCGGCCGCCGAGAUCCGCCUGCCCUUCUCAGCAGCAGCCGCCGCCUCCGUCUCAUUCGCCGGGCGCCGCCGCUUCGGCCCCGUCGCCGCGUCCCUCGCCACCUCCGCCACCGUUCAAAAGGAGGCUGUUCAGACGGAGAAGGCGCCAGCAGCACUAGGCCCCUACUCUCAGGCGAUAAAAGCAAACAAUCUUGUGUUUGUCUCGGGCGUUCUUGGCCUAAAUCCUGAGACAGGGAAGUUUGUCUCUGAAAGCGUGGAGGAGCAAACCGAGCAGGUUAUGAAGAACAUGGGUGAAAUAUUGAAAGCAAGUGGUGCUAGCUACUCAUCAGUUGUCAAGACAACAAUCAUGUUAGCGGACCUACAGGAUUUCAAGAACGUGAAUGAGAUUUACGCUAAAUAUUUUCCAGCCCCUGCACCAGCGCGCUCGACCUACCAAGUCGCAGCUCUGCCACUGAACGCCAGGAUUGAGAUCGAAUGCAUUGCUGCCCUCUAG